UGGUGUUGGGCCAAGAGAGCCCUGCUGCUGUUAUUUCAGCUAUGUACAGUGCUGUCCUGUGCUCACAGAUGUCUGCAUGCAGGACAUGACAAACCCUGGGAGGUAUUUUAUUCUCCUUUCCCUCUGUGGGCAAUCUGGUGCUCUUUGUGAUUAGAACUUACGCUCCUUGCUCAGUGGAUCAAUUGAGUUAAGUGACUAACAUGGGAUAAGUGGAGAAAAGGAAAGCUCACCGUUCUCAGCCAGGCAAUGGCAAGGAGUGAAGCACAGGAGCACUGGGAGAGCAGGAGAGCACACCAUGCAUGGAAUCAAUCUGUUCUGACAGACGAGAAGAUGCUUCUGCCCCGGAUUGUGCCUUUAGAAGCGUGACACUCAUCGGUGCUGGGUGCAGCUUGCUUCAGGACAGGCAAUAUCAGCCUUCAGCCAAGAUGGUGGCAUUUAACUUGAAGGCUUUGGAGAAUUUCCCAUUGCUGAUGUACAUCUUGGCAGCUAAAACAUUGAUUCUUUGCUUGGCGUUUGCUGGAGUUAAAAUGUACCAGAGUAAAAAAAUUGAAGAAAAAUUGAAGAGGGAACGUGAAGAGAAAUUGAAAAGAGAAGCAGAGAAGAAGGGUGAUUAAAGAAUCUCUCAGAUUCUGUGACACUUGGCAGCUUGCUUGGAUUCCUUUCCUGGGAGAAUGAAGGCUUCCUGUAGAUGAAGGAUGUGCCAAAGGAGUAAAACCCUCCAGAGUAACAUUCACUUAAACUGUAUCUCAACUUUUUGUAUGUACAGCGAAAUAUCGAAGCUUCUAUUUAUGCAAUAAAGAAAACGUUUGUUUAAAAGUAA